UUAUGGCGGCUGGGUGAGCUUGGGGAGAAACUUUCUGUUAACCGUCAUCAACGCACGGUUUGAUGUAUCCAUGCACGGCUCAUAAAUUCCUACAGGUGAAGGAGGAGGACUAUGUGAGUCUAAUGGCAGCUCUAUCUGAGAACAUACUGAUGGUCAACAUGAUGGUCAACAUGAGCGUCUUCUUUCUUCCUGGUGUUUUGGGUGAUUGAUGGGGCAUAAUCCCAAUCUUCUCCAUCACCAUACGAAAUAAGAUUGAAGCACUAAGUGGAUCAUGUUUGCUAGUUCCAUGAAUUGAACAGUAAAAAAGAAACCCGUGGAGCAUGGAUUCAAAGAUAAUAAUAUUUUUGACAUCAAACAAGGGGUCAACGCAGAUCUGGUAGAAAUAACUGGAAACCUUAGACAGAAAAUCUGCACCACUGUAUUUUCUGACAUAAACAAAAGUCAAGAAGACAAAUACUUCCUCAGAAUUGAGAACAGCGACUACAAGGCAACAGCUUGUUUUACUCCUCUUCAAAUAACAGUUCAAGUCCUAGAGAUGAAGGAGGACUAUGUGAGUCUGAUGUCUGAGAACGUGCUGAAAGUCAACAUGUUACUGAGCGUCUUGUUUCUGCCAGGCGUUAUGGGUGAUUGUCGUGGCAGUACCCCACUCCUCUUCCUCGCCAUACCAAAUAAGAAUGAAGCACUGAGUGGAUCAUGUUUGCUAGUCUCAUGUAGCUUUACAGCUACGAAAGGAAGCACUGAAUUUAACAGUGAAAAAGAAACCCGUGGAGCAUGGAUUCAAAGUACAUAAACAAGAGUCAAGAAGACAAAUACUUCCUCAAAAUUGAGAACGGUGGCUACAAGGCAACAGCUUGUUCUACUCCUCUUCACAUAACAGUUCAAGAUUCUCCAUGGAGUCCCAGCAUUAACAUCCCUUCUGAUCUGAAGGAGCAUCAGUCUGUCACUAUCAGCUGCUCAGCUUUGACUCCCUGUCCACACUCACCUCCUGAACUCACCUGGAAUCUCCAACAAGACUCUCACAGACAAACAGAGAAAAACACAGAGGGAACCUUUACAACUAAAAUCCAGGAGACCAUCACUCUGUCAGACACACAUGAUGGAUACAACAUCAGAUGUUCUGCCACAUAUCCUGUGAAUGGAGGAAACAAGACAGCAGAGACAGAAGUGACUCUCAGUGUUUCAUAUGCUCCUAAAGACACCUCAGCAUCCAUCAGUCCAUCAGGUUUGGUGUCAGCAGGUAGCUGGGUGGAGCUGAGCUGCUCCAGCAGAGCCAAGCCUCCUGCCAGCUUCACCUGGUUCAGGAACAGCAAACAUGGAGCCAUUGAUGUAUCUGUGGGGCAGGUUUACAGCUUCAAUGCUACUGAGGGAGGAGAGUAUUACUGUGUGGCUACAAAUGAUCUGGGUCAUCAGAGAUCAUCAGUGAUCCUUGUUAGUACUGAAGGAGCAGAGAUGUUUCAGUAUUUGAUUCCACUUCUUACAGUGAUUGUUGUCAUUGUGCUCAUCUGCCUGGUGAUCUCUGUUUGGUGGUUCAAGUUCAAACAUCCAACUCCCCAACAGACUCAGAGUCAGACAGGUGUGGAGGUUCAGGUAGCAGCCAACAAAGCAGAGGAAGAACUCAAUUAUGAAGAAGUGAACUUCCUACAGAGAGGACAUGAAGCUUCCGCCGUCUCAGUGCAGGACAGAGGACAGCCGGACACGGUGUACGUGUCCUUAUCAACAAAGCAAAAAUUACCCAAUUAAAAACUAUUUAAUUCAACACAGUAACUUGUUUAAAUAUGGAUAACUACAGUUUGACCAAGGCAUAUAUCUCUAAAACUUCUUUGUCUUUGUCUCUGAGUGAAUUAGCAAACUUUACUCUGGAUUAUUUUAUGUUGCUUUUAGAAAAAUGGCUUCUUCCUCUCUGAGUGACCUUUGAGCCCAUGUUGCUGCAGGAUUAGUUUCUCUGUUGAUGAUUAAACUCUUUGACCAGCAUGUUCACGAGGU